UUGUCUCUCCCGAUCUAUAUUUUGGAAAAAGAUUUGAUGUUUUUGGAAAGUCCUGAGUAAUUUUUGCUCGUAUGUGCAGGUAUAAUUUAUGGAAGGCUCUGUCAGCGAUUUGACGAAUUAGUAGAUCGCUUGUGUGUAAAUUUUGAGGCUCAAACCUAGAGUCGGAUUCAAUUUUAUUCGGAUUUUGCGAGCGCAAAUAUCAGGUGUCACGCAUUGUUUAACGCUCACGAUUGCGUGACUAAUUGGUAUUAUGCUUUCAUUACGUCAAGCAUACGUCACUAAAUAUUUGUCUCCAACCGAACUAAUUGGUAACGAACAUUCGUGACGUAACUUUUGCGUCACUAAUUUCUCAUUGAAUUAACCUAAUGACCAACGGUUAACUAGUUAAUUGGUCGUUAUGUUUAUGACGUGUACCCCCUGGUUAAGUCAUUUGCUGCAAGUCCGCGAGCCGUUCAGACGUACUUUUUGCGCUCCGUGAAAAAAUUCGCUAAGACAGUUCAAAGAUGGCCAAAGCUAAAACCCGACGAGUUGUUAAGAAAUCAGCCUUAGCCAAGAAGAAGAAGGCAGUCAAGAGGCCCCCUCUUACAAGCGCAAAGGUGUUGGCUGCCAUCGCCGCCUUGAAAGACCGCAAUGGUUCAAGUGCGAAAGCUAUCAUGGCCUACCUCCUCACGCAACGUGGAACAAAGAGAGUUACACCUUUUCAAGUACGAAUUGCGUUGGCGCGCGCUGUCAAAGAAAAAUCACUGGUGAAGAAUGGAGCUUUGUUUAGAGUUGUUCUUACUUCCAGCAAGUCACGGUCGCGUUCCAAAUCUCGUUCGAAGUCCCGCUCUAGAUCUCGUUCUCGCUCAAGGUCAACCUCGAAGACUAGAUCCCGAUCUCGUUCUCGAUCAAAGUCGAAGAGUCCGGGCAGAAAAUCGGUGAAGAAAGUCACCAAGAAGGCUAAGAAGGCUAAGAAGGCGAAAAAGGCUAAGAAAGUGAUCCGAAAGCGCAAGGCCCCGGCCAAAAGGCGCGUCGCAAAGAGGAAAUACUACAAAGGAACCAAAAAGACGACCAAGGUUCGCAGGAGGCGACGAUCCGCCCGCAAGUGAACUUACUGAUAGUAUAACAAAACUGCGAUGUCUUUUCGUCUCCCUUCUUAAAACACUCAAAGACUUUGUCUCUACAAUCUCAUGACAGCAAACGCCUAAACGCUGAAGAACUGUUAGUAAGCGAAGUUGACAGGAUCCUCGGUUUUAUCAUCAUAAUUUUUUUUUAAAAGGAUUGUACACACAAGAAAACUUUGAUUAAACAGUGAAGGCGAAGACUUGUUUGGUGUGUGAUUUUCUAUAAAUAUGGGGGAAAGAAAAAGCGAUGAGUUUACAAGUAGAAAAGUCGGCAACUAACUUUUCCCUAACGAAGAAGCGACAACAAUCAGUUAAUUUCCAAAAUUUUUAAUUAGGAGGCACUUAUGUUAUUAUGCC